CUGCAGCUGUGUGAGGGGUCUUCCUAACAACUCUCCAACUACGGUUCUAAGGAUUCUUUGGGGGGGGGGGAGGAAGCUGUGAUUGUUUGAAGAGAUAUGCUGCUGCUUGAAAGGGAUGGUGUGGAUGUGGCCUGCAUCAGACUGUGGUGUUACACACCCUCGACAGGACAUGCUUCUGUUGUAGGAAUAGCCAAUGAGAUGCCCUGCACCUAUUGCUGGACUGCAGCUCCUAUCAUCUAGAACUAUUGCGCAAAGGCCAUGCUACCAGGUACUGAUGGGAGAUGGAGUCCCCAAUAUUUAGAAGGCACCAUGCUGGCUACCCCUCUUCUAUUGUCUAGGCAUGAUCUGGGGUUUCUGAGAAAGUGGGCGAAGCCCAGGCAGUGCCACAAGGACCUUUAAGUCCCCUUUCCCAGCUGUUUGAAGCCUUCCAGCCUAGAAAAAGAAUUCCAGGUGCAACUGUUUGAUGAUGGACCUACUACAAUCAUCUCCUCCAUUGUCCCCCCCAGUGCAGCCAGAGACAGCAUCUUGAUGAUGAAUCCUCCUUUAUACAGGAGGCUAUACAAAGCCCACCUCCACGGCAGCCUAGACUUAGACUCCUGAAAGGACAACAGGGGUGCUCAGCAGUCAUGUUCCCAACAAGCCCUCUCUGCUCCGUCUUGCUGCUUCUGCUAAAGCUUGCAGGCGUGUGCUCAGCUCAGAGGCAGGGAUGGAAAGAGGCCUGGAGGACCCCCUUGGCUAAAGGACCAGAGUGGUUAGAGCCUGGAACAGGAGAGUUCUUGGCCACGCAAGAAAAGAAGGUCAUAAGGAGAGAUGGGCAUGCCCUAGGAAAGCAGAUUCCCCUCCUGAGAUGGACAGAAGUGACCCAGACAAGUGGGCCAAGGCCACCCGAGGAUCUUGUAGGUGAGCAGGCCCCUGAGAAGGACCCCCAAGUUAAAGCAGCCCCCCCUUGGUUACAGGGCCUGUGCCCCAGCAAUGGUGGUCCCCAGCAGUGGUGUGGCAGCUGGAUGGUGAAGAUUGGCCUGAUCUGUGCCCUGGGGCUGCUAGUACUGAUGGGCAACGGGGCGAUCAUAGCUGUCAUUGCCUCCUCGGUGUCUGGCUGGAGUCACAGCAGCCGGCUGGUGUUGAUGUCGCUGGCUGCAGCAGAUGCUGCCCUGGCGGUCUUGGUGGUGCCCCUCAACCUGUACCAAAGCCUGGUCUUGGGGCCCGUGGCAGAAGGAGGGGAGGCUUCUUUCUGCCGGGCAGUGGCCUUCAUCACCUCCAGCAUUUUUGGGGCCUCCCUCUAUUCCUUGGCAGGCGUCUCUCUGGAACGUUACGUGGCUGUCUUCUUCCCCUUGCACUACAGGCGCCUGCUGAGCCACAGGCGGGUGGUCCUCCUCAUCGCGGCUGCCUGGCUCCUGCCGGCUCUCCUGCUGGUGCCACUGGCCGUGCCACCCCCUGGAGCCGUCCUCCAAGUCCGCUUCUCGGCUGCAGCCCUGCUGUGUGAGCCAGACUACGGCUCCAACACCACCUACUCCCUCUUGAUAGCGGGCACUAUUUUCUGCCCAGCUGCUGGCACCAUCACCUUUGUCAACAUGCGCCUGUGGCUGGUGGCUCGCUCCCAGGGUCGGCGUGGGAAAGGCAGCCCCCCCCCAGGAAAAGCAGCCGGGAUGAAGGCCCUUCGCCUGCUGCAACUGGAUGCUGCGGCCCGCAUUCUACUACCCGUAGUCAUCGCCUUCUACGUCUGUUGGGCACCCUGCAUAGUCGCCAUCCUGUACAAUUCUCUCACCCGGGAAAGAAUUCACGAAUGGGUUGAGUUUGUAGCCUUGUGGCUCCCCACUGGCAGCGGCUUCCUCAACUGCUUUGUUUACUUUUGGGCCAACAGGAGCUUCCGGCACAAGUUCCAGAAGACUGGGCAUAAGCUGUGCUGGCCCUGCCACCGGGCCAGUCAGGAGGAGCGGCAGCGCCGUCUCCCCACCAUCAGUGGGGCUGUGAGCAAUUCAACCUGUCCCUAAGGCUCCUCUUCCUCCAGCAAGCAGUCUUCCUCCAUCAGCCAUGUCCUUCCAGGAAGGCCAAGCCAAACGGUGGGAAGCCACCACUGAUCCAGGCUCUCCUUCACUCUGUGUGGCUUUGGAAAACCUUGCUACAGCAUGAGGCCCAUUGCCAGCGCAUGUGUGCAAACUGCACAAGGGUGUAUCAUGUAGGAGAGACUUGGAUGCCUGAGCAGUUGCGAGUCACUUCUGGAAACUGACACAUAGCCAGGCAGUAAUUAAAGAGGCCCGAUUCAGUUGGAACGGUGCCUGCUGAACCCGGUGUGAGCUGCUGGCUUGGCUGGGUCUCUCCUCCACUUGAGAGGGCUUUUUGAGACUGGGUGGGAUGCUUUGGUGCUCUAAGCUGUGAUGGCCAAGGAGCUGAGGAUGGGGCCACGCCCGACCUGGCUUGCCUGCUGCCUCUUUUCAAAACUUCUUUUCCAAAGCAGCAGGUGGUUCCCCCCCCCAAGCCAGGCAACCACUGGGAUGUGGUGAUGCAGCAGCUGUAGGCAAAGUUUGGGCUCUUGGGUAGAGCCACUCUAAGAAAAAACUGAGCCCAUGACAUUGGUGCCAGAGGUAUCUGGAAUGUAGAAGGGAGCGCUGAGAUUCCCUGAAGCUCGUACCAGAACAUCAACUUCAGCACAACUCUGCCUCUUUCCCCGCUCUCUCCCCUCAACCCUCUACAAACACUUCAGCACUAUAUUGUUCCACAAGACCCAUGGAAAAGUGACUUGCCGGUGAGGAGAACCUUUUAAAAAACACAAAUAAAUAGGAAACUGUCAGUCUUCAUGACUUUGUUUUAAUGCCCUUUUAGCGGCCAUCCUCUUGAAUUUUAAGAGUUGGGUUUUAGCGGAAUGUUCCCCCCCUCCUUCCAGGGUGUUUGGUUGUUGUGCAUUUAAAAGGCCUGAUGUCCCUGCAAGUGAGAGGAUCUAGUUCCAUAAGAGCCGAUGCUUAUUUGCUGAGAAAGAAAUCUAUGUGUAAACACAAAACAAUGGAGUCUCUGAAGUUGACCUGAUCUGGCCUACUCUGUGGCAUUUUACUUGGUUUCCUUUGUUUGGCAUGUUGCCUUGGCCAUGGGGCCGUGCCGCAGGCGCAGCUCAUCAUGUCUUGGAAUAUCUUCCAUUAAAGAGAUGAACCAGGAUGUGGUGAAUUGCAACAGAAGAUGUAUGUCAGUGCUUUCACAAGAUAGCAGAACACCACUGAAAAAGACUGCUUAGGUUCACUUCAAAUGGGGGAGGGGGGAAGAGAGGGAAUCCUUGUGCAGCUACUAGCUAGUUCUCUGGCUCAGUACACACCACACAUUAAAAACACAUGACUUUCCCCCCAAAGACAUCUGGGAACUGUAGCUUAAGGGUGCUGGGAACUGUAGUUCUGUGAAGAGUAAACUACAGUACCCAGGAUUCUCAUGUGCUUUCGGUGUGCUUUAAAUGUUAUGGUGUAUGCCUAGCCCUUGUUUCCAGAAGCGUGGGGUACUCACGUGGCUGUUUGCGUUUUUCCCACCACAAUUGAUAUUCUCUCCCUCUAUCCUGUUGCUGCCCAGUCAGUUUCUCCAAAAACCUCUGCUGUCCCUUCCUUCAUCACUCUCUUCCUUUCCAUAAUUUUUAUAUAUUAGGCUUUUAAUGACUUGGACUGAGAAGUGAUUAAGGCUUCAGACUGAAGAGCUCAAAGUCUUGUAUUCCGUUGCCCUGCACCCCCAUCCCAAUUGUAUAGAUCUUAACACCUACAGACCUGCAGAGAAACAAACCACUGUGUGUGGAGAGAGAGAGAUCAAGCCUGGGGGAGGGGGUCCUCUCUUCCUAGGGGUAUUUUUUUUUUACUCCCAGUGGGCAAUUUUGUGCAAAAAGAUGGGUGUGUGGGGGAUAUUAGGGCAGACUUGUAAACCAUUUUCUACUGCAAGGAAAUUGGACUAACAUCUCGGGGAGGGCUUCUGUUCAGAAAACAAGCUGUCUGUGUUCAUGAUGGAAUGUCAAUAGCUAUCUAUCUCUUUUUCCUUUUCCCACCCCCAAGCUUUCUGCCCCCCCCCUCAAUCUGGGGUUCUCUCCCACUCGGUAGCUGUUGUGCUGCAGGGAUUGUGGGAAAUAGUAUGUUUGUAUCUGAUUUGCUUAGAAUUAUAGUGUUUCUGAGUAUUUUUUUUUAAAAGAAAAGUGGCAUGAAAUGAUUCAAAUCUACUUUGUAAGCCCAACUCUCUUUCUAAAGCUAUCCAUCUGUUUUAACUGCUGUCCAACCCUUUUAAAAAUCCUUUUGUGGCUUGGAGUUCUGUGUGUGUAAAUAAAAAUCCUUUCUCUCUCCCUACCCCCUCUUCCCCAUUCUGAUCUGCAAGUGCUGCGUUCCUUGGAGAAAAAAAAUUAAAAUAUAAUUUAAAACGAUUAAGUGAAAAUAAAGGUUUUUGAAUUAA